AAGUAUUUCGUAAAGAAUUUCCUUGGGAGGCACCAUUUGAUACGGAAAUGUGAAGAAAUUCACGUGCAAGGCCUUGAUGAUGGACUAGGGUUUUAUGUCUUGCCCCCAAGGGUAUAAAUAAAAGAAAUAUUGAACUCAGAAAUAUCGAAGAAUAUUUUACCCAAAUAGCAGGCGUUUCUUUUCUGAGAGGAACAUUGUGUGUAGAGGUAUUAAAAUGGAAAACGAAACAAAUCAACCUGCCUUGUGUCGAAAUGGUUGUGGUUUCUACGGUAACCCGGCUACUGAUGGGAUGUGCUCAAAAUGUUUUAAAGAUUCAGUAAGGCGGAAACAAUCAUCACCCACCUCAAGUCCUGCUAGUGCAAGUUCAAGUACCCUACAAUCAAAUGUUACAGGUUCAAAUAGCAGUUCAAGCGUAGACGGAGCAUGUGSAGUGGCAUCAAUAUCAUCGUCAUCUUUACCCUUGCUCCCAACAUCAAAUAGUCAUAGCGAUAUUAAAACACAAGAUAGACUGCCGGUUGUGGAAGAACCUGGUCCCUCGGAUGAUAACAAAGAUARAUCAAAAACAAAGAGGAAUCGCUGCUUCUCAUGCCGAAAGAAAGUUGGUCUUACAGGUUUUGAAUGCCGAUGUGGCAAUGUAUUUUGUGGACUUCAUCGAUAUUCCGAUAAACACGAUUGUACAUUUGACUACAAAGCAGAAGGGCGGGCUAAAAUAACCAAAGACAAUCCAGUCAUUCUGGCUGAAAAAAUACAAAAGAUUUAAAUAUACRAAAACUAAAUAGACGAGCUUUUUAGAAUCAAAGGUCCUGGAUAAACUCUUUGUAUUAUACUAUAUAACCAUUCUUGAAUGGUGCAAAAUAAACUUUUGGUGGGUUUUAGGCUGAGUCUUUAGGAGGAAAAUAUACAGGUUUGCUAUUAAACUAGUUUGACAGGUUAURUCAGUUGAUGCUCUAAAACUGGUUUUCAAUAAUAAACUGGUUUGUCCUGAAUUUCAAACCAGUUUUAUGAACACAUUGAGUUAAUCAUGUCAGUAAUGAAUUAUUAUGUUAGCUUUUAGUUUAUUGAUGUUAUUUAAUUUUAGUUACAUUUUUCCUAUGUAGUUUUUUUGAAAAAAAAAUCAUACUAAUUAUACAGUGUUUUGUCUUAUUCACUAAUUUUCAACCCAAAAGUCUCAAAAACCUUGUGUAAAUGUAACUUUUUUGUUUAAGUUCCUCUUCUUCAGAAUUGCCAAUUUUUGAAAGUUUCUUGAUCAAUGUUAACAUAUAUUAUGCUUUAAUAUUUUUUUGACAACUAAGAUAACAGUAAUCCUUAUUAUACUCUUAUAUAAUUCACUAGUAGGUUUUUAUAUUAUA